AUGGCAUGCAGUGGGUACCAGCCACCAGAAUACAUUGACAAAGGUGAAAUCUCAGGUAAGUUUGACAUAUUCAGCUUGGGUGUCUUGAUUAUAAAGAUGGUGUCAGGAUCCAAGGGCUACCCGGAUUGUCUCGAUCAAGCCCAAAGAGACUGGAAAAAUAGGUUGCAGACAACAUGUACAGAUGAUUUGUUUGAAGCUUAUUGCCACCAAGUAGACACAUGCAGUCAGAUAGCAAUGAGCUGUGUGGAGACAGAUAGCUUCAGAAGGCCUGAUAUAGUGACAAUCACUGAGAAUCUGAAUGAGAUUGAAAUUCACGUUGGCGAGCUUCCCGAGAAAGGAUGUCACAUAACUAUUUCUAGAAUGGCAAUGCAUAAUAGCAAGAUAGAGAUGAGAACAGAGUCAACGGAUAUCACUGAUCAACACCAAAAUAUUAUUUUGAGGUCAGACCAUAGUUGCAAUGAACUGGAACUUCAUGAUGUAUUGGAAACAUCACCAGAUACAGUAGAAGAACACAUUGUAGGGAGGACAGAAGAAAAAGAUAAAGUAAUGGCCUCUUUGCUUGAGGCCAUGUCAGAAAAGAUCGUCAUCCUUCCUAUACAUGGUAUUGGAGGCAUUGGCAAGACAACUUUUGCAAGACUGAUUUAUAAUGAUCCAAAGUUCUAUUGUUAUUCUCAGGUAUGGGUCCAUGUGUCCCAGAGAUUUGACUCGAAUAAAAUUUAUAAGUCUAUAACUUUACAAUUAUCUGGAAAAGAGUGCCUGGAUAAUGAAAGACAGAAGAUACAUAGUUGCCUCAACAAACUAUUUGCUGGUAAGAAGAUUCUUAUUGUUUUAGAUGACCUAUGGGAUGACCAUCAGUUCCGGCUGGAGGAGUUGAAGAAUACGGUAUAUCAUAAAGACAGCAACAUCAUUAUUUUAGUAACAACACGUAGUGAACUUGUUGCGGAGAGAAUCUGUACUAAUGUUCAAUCACACAAGAUAUUACCCUUGACAAAUGAUAUGUGUUGGGAUAUAAUAAAACAAAGAAGUUGUUUCAAAGAUAGAAAUGACAAAGAACAGCUGAUGGGUAUAGGACAAGAGAUUGCUCGGAAGUGUGGUGGUGUGGCUUUAGCAGCUCUAUCUCUUGGGUUCACUUUACGGUCCAUGAAUUUUGAAGAAUGGAUGAAAGUGAAAGACAGUGAUAUCUGGAAUAGACCUGUUUCAAAUGAUUUCUCUGUGCCAAAUCAAGUUCUUGCAUCCUUGAAGUUAAGUUAUAGCUAUAUGUCUCCAUGCUUGAAGGCAUGCUUUACCUACUGUGCAACCUUUGCAAAAGGUCACAAGAUUGUUAAAGAUGAUCUUAUUUACCAAUGGAUUGCUUUGGAUUUCAUCAAGCCAACAAGAUUACUCUCGAAUGUGCAGCAUUGUGAAAAAUAUAUUCUGCAGCUCUUGGCACUGUCAUUUUUUCAACAACCAGUGUCACCUAAGACUUCUGAAGCAUACUAUGAACAAGCUACGUUUUUCACCAUGCACGAUCUGGUGCAUGACUUGGCAAUUUCACUCCUUGGUAACCAAAUUCUGGACGAGACCAAACAACGCAAAACUAGGGGAAGCAGCUGCCAAUAUGCAUUGCUCACUGAUUGUAGCAGACCACUGGAGUUAUGCUUGACUUCUCCUGCAAGGCUAGUAGCACUGCAUUUUUUGGAGGGUUACAGAAGCAAACUAAGCGGUGCUGCAUUUGCACCUGCUAGGUCCCUGCAAGUAUGGAUUUAA